ACUCUGACAGUAAUAAUGAUCAGCUGCUGUUUACUGCCUCUCUCUCCCUGUCUGUCCAAUGCUUGCUCGCCCAGAGUGUCCCAAGUAGAGGGAGGAGGAGGAGGAGCUGCCUCUGCCUCCUCUCCCGGCUCCACUGUCCAAGAAGACAGAUACUCGUUCUGGGGAUUCACUCCUUCAUCCAGUCCUCUGUUAUUCCUUCCUGGAUUCUCCUUUUUCCUCGUGUGGACAGAAGCUCUUCAUCACCUCCUCCUCCUCCUCCUGUGGGACGGUAUCAGCUGGAUGUCCGGAUGCUUCAUACUCUCAGGAAGUUGUUGGUCUGAUCAACUCAGACUCAGUAAAAGUUGCCGUCCCACUCAUGCAUUCUCACCUUAGUGACUGGCGUUUCCAUAGCAACCGGGAUGCAGGUGUCCAUAGCUUGUAAUGUGGGAGGGGGCGGCAGUGGAGGAGGUGGUGCCAGCGAGCACCAGCUGAAGGAACGGCGAGCUGCGGCCAACACCAGCAACGCCCUGGCCUGUCAGACAAAGGUCAGGGCCGAGUCGAUGGUAAGGACCACCCUGUUAGGCCACGCCCACAUGAAGGAGGCCCUGGGUCGUCAUAGCAACAUGAAGUACAGGAACCUGGGGAAGUCUGGACUCAGAGUGUCCUGCCUGGGCCUGGGAACCUGGGUGACGUUUGGUUCUCAGAUCUCUGAUGAGAUGGCAGAGAGUGUGUUGACGGUGGCCUACGACAGCGGGGUGAACCUGUUCGACACAGCUGAGGUCUACGCUUCAGGAAGUUUGUGUUUCAGGGCAGAAGAAACUCUGGGAAACAUCCUGAAGAAGAAAGGCUGGAGGAGGUCCAGUUAUGUGGUCACCACUAAGAUCUACUGGGGAGGACCGGCAGAAACAGAGCGGGGGUUGUCACGGAAACACAUCAUAGAAGGUCUGCGGGGGUCUCUCUCCAGGUUACAGCUGGACUAUGUGGACAUCGUGUUCGCCAACAGGAGUGACGUUAAUGCGCCCAUGGAGGAGAUUGUGCGUGCGAUGACCUUUGUGAUCGACCAGGGUUUGGCCAUGUACUGGGGAACGUCCCGCUGGAACGUGGUGGAGAUCAUGGAGGCGUACUCCAUCGCCCGGCAGUUCAACCUGGUUCCCCCGGUGUGUGAGCAGGCAGAGUAUCACUACUUCCAGAGGGACAAAGUGGAGCUCCACCUGCCUGAACUCUACCAUAAGAUCGGAGUGGGAGCCAUGACCUGGUCUCCGUUAGCCUGCGGCCUGCUGACGGGGAAGUACAACGAGGGCGUCCCUGAGAGCUCCAGGGCCGCCAUGAAGGGUUACUCCUGGUUGAAGGAGCGUCUCCACAGCGAGGAGGGGAAGAAGCAGCUCAGUAAAAUCAAGGAGCUCCACCUGCUGGCUGACAGACUCAACUGCACUGCUGCUCAGCUGGCUAUAGCGUGGUGUCUGCGCAGUGAAGGCGUCAGCUCGGUUCUUCUGGGAGUAUCCAACACGGAGCAGUUUCUGGAGAACCUGGGUUCCCUCAGGGUUCUGACUCAGCUGACUCCGCCCCUCAUCACAGAGAUGGAUGCGUUGCUCGGCAACAAGCCAAGAAACGGCAAGAAGGAGGGAAGGAGCUGAGGAGGGAGGACACAAACCUUUAAAAAGGAGACAUUAGAGGACAGACAUGAAGGACAGAGGCAGAAGAGGACAACGACUGGACUAAUGAGCUUUUAUUCUCUAGACGAGACCAUGGUCGCCAUGGAAACCACAACCUAGAGACGUUAGAUGUAUUCAGCAGAGAACCACUCAGUGAUUAAUACAGGAAAAUAUUCACUAUAAUAAUCAUAAUAAGCUAACACUGUGUUAAUCCAUCUAUGAGGAGGUAGUUUUAUCUCAGAUGGAGCUUUUACUCCAUGGGUAUGAAAGACUGGGCCAUGAACCUCCUUACCAUCACCCUAAUCUAUAGCUCCACCCACAGAUCCAGGACUCAGGCUGGACCGUUCCAAACAUUAAGACUGUCAACCAUGUUGUUGAAAUGAAGACUUUAAACCUGAGUCUUCCAGGGGUGUGAAUACUUUACAGAUGGUCUGUGUGUGCUUGUUAACGUGUUCCUGAUGUUAGAAAAAAUCUUCAUAUGUGUUGUGGGACAUGUCCAUGUUGGACGUGUCCCAGGAGACAGCAACACCCUCAGAGCAGAAACCUUCAGAGGACACAGUGAUGGUGGUCCUUAAAAACCUGCUCCUCUCUGUUGUCAUCAGUCUGGAUUAAUAAAUUACCAGACCUACAGAACCCAGAACAGUACCUCAGUGAACUCAUGUAUUAGAACCUUUUAGAAAUUUUCUUACUUUAACUUGAUGUCUGCAAGAAAUAUUAAUUCCAAUAAAUCCCGUAGAUAUGAAGCUUUACACUAAUAUCUGCAGCCAUAGGUCCGUCCCUAAGGUUCUCCUGAUGAAAAAGACCUUGAGAACAUCACGAGUUCAAAGGUCUCCAUCAGCAGAGAUGGAACCAAGAAGGAGGAGGAGCAGAGAACAUCUAGAACCAAACAGGAGGAGGAGCAGAGAAAAUCUAGAACCAAGCAGGAGGAGGAGCAGAAAACAUCUAGAACCAAGCAGGAGGAGGAGCAGAGAACAUCUAGAACCAUGAUGGAGGAGGAGCAGAGAACAUCUAGAACCAUGAUGGAGGAGGAGCAGAGAACAUCUAGAACCUAGCAGGAGGAGGAGCAGAGAACAUCUAGAACCAAGCAGGAGGAGGAGCAGAGAACAUCUACAACCAUGAUGGAGGAGGAGCAGAGAACAUCUAGAACCAUGAUGGAGGAGGAGCAGAGAACAUCUAGAACCAAACAGGAGGAGGAGCAGAGAACAUCUAGAACCAUGAUGGAGGAGGAGCAGAGAACAUCUAGAACCAUGCUGAAGUUUAACAUCUGAAACAGAAGAUUAAUUAAUAAUCGAUGCUCUUAUGCAUAUAAAGAACAUUUCUCCAAUAGAAAUGGAUUAAAAACAGGAUGAAAAUGUGGUUCACAGUGGGUCAGAACCAGAACACAUCUGUUUAUCAGAACAGUUAAGGAGCAGUUGAAGAAAUAAAUAUAAAAUACUAAAACUUUGUUUUUAUUGUGACAGAUGAGAAGCUAAUCGGGUUCUGUCAGAACAGAACCAGCUGGAUUUGAUCUCCCAGUAGUUUCUGGCAUCCAAUAGACAGUAUUUGCUCCGACCCAGUGAGGCAGAUUUAAAAACCUGAUGGUGUUUGUGUGAGAAGCAUCCUGUUUGUUCUGGUGCUGGAGCUCGUGACAGAUGGACCUCUGGAUGUUCUGCAGUAAAUUCUGCAAGUUGUGAAAUGUGUUUACUGUCAGCUGCUGGUGUCGGUUCACCACAGCUGUGUCAGUCUGUCUCUGGGGACACAUUCUGGUCUCCUGGAGGUUGUCCUCUUGGCAGACCAUAAUCACAUGGUGAUUCUGUCUGUGUCACACCUGUUCCUUGUUCUCCAUGAUUGUCUGGUCUCAUCGUUCAUUGGUUCCACCUGCUGUUCUGUCUGGAUAUAUGUUCCUUAGUUGCCUUCGUUCCCCGCUGGUUCCUUGAUGUGUCUUCCAUGUCAUUCUGUCUGGUCUGGUCUGGUGUCCUGGUUGUUGUAAACCUGCUGUCUGGAUUCAGUGUGGACAAGAACUAAAACCCGAUUUACCUUCA